AUGUCAAGGAAGCUGAAAAAAACGAAUUUGUUCAACAAGGAUGUAAGCUCCUUGCUUUACGCUUACGGCGAUGUGCCACAGCCACUACAAGCUACCGUGCAGUGUUUAGAUGAAUUGGUAUCUGGAUAUUUGGUAGAUGUUUGUACUAAUGCAUUUCAUACAGCCCAAAAUUCUCAGCGCAAUAAGCUCCGAUUGGAGGAUUUCAAGUUUGCUCUUCGCAAUGAUCCGAUAAAACUUGGGAGAGCAGAAGAAUUAAUAGCUACUAAUAAGUUGAUUACGGAAGCCAAAAAGCAGUUCAAUGAGACGGACAAUCAAAACUCGUUAAAGAGGUACAGAGGAGAGGAUGAAGAGGGUGACGAGAUGGAGGAAGAUGAAGAUGAGCAGCAGGUGACUGAUGACGACGAGGAAGCGGCCAGUCGUAAUAGUACUAAACAAUCUACAGAUUCAAAGGCAACGAAGACUAGAAAGCAAGGGCCUAAAAAUCUCAAGAAAACAAAAAAAUGA